AUAGAGCAUGUAAUAAAUAUAAAAUAUGUAAUGUAAAUUUGUUUUUUAGUUUUUGUUUAUAAUUAAUUAUAAAUUAUUUUCAGGUAGUAUGUAAAAUUUAUCAAUGGCUGAUCUAAUAUGCCAACUAGAUUCAAAGGAAUCGAUUAUUGGACGAACUUACCUUGAAUUGAUUCUCAACAAAACUAUGAAACUAGAAAUAACAGAUGGCCGAACAUUGAUUGGUCAGUUCUUGUGUACUGAUAAAGAUGAGAAUAUCAUACUUGGUUCAUGUCAAGAAUUUAGUGGAGAGCAAAUUGAAGGAGAGCAGAAAACAGAAGAACCGCGCAUUUUAGGUUUAGCUAUGGUACCUGGUCGCCAUGUUAAAACCAUGCAUAUAGAUAUGACUGAGCAAGUUCAAGGUGACAUGGAGCUUAUGUUACAUGCGUCGAAAGAAGAAAUAAUAAAAUCCACUGAGUAAAAAAAAAACAUUACUCCUUAGAAAGCCUUGUUUCAAACCUGUUGUACUGCUAGUUGUUGGGAUUGGAUUAGUGGUAACUAUGGCAAUAAUGUUAGUUUAGUGUGUACUAUGAUUGACAACUUUAUAAUGUUUUUUACUUAUCUUAUUGUAAAACAAAACAAAAAAAGUUUUAAA